GUGGCACACGUGGGUUGUACGAAAACCACUAGCUUUCCGAAGCUGCUCAUUCCUCCGCGAGCGCUGUCCUCCGCGACCCCCGACCGAAAACUCCGUGAAGGUUUCUGGGUAUUUUAGGAUCUACAGGCUGAACCAUGCCGUCAGUUCCCUCCACCAAAGAAAAGACCCCCUUGUGCCCGCACGCUGGCAAGCUGCUGGGCCACGCCAAUGGGGAGGCCAAGCUCCGCGACGCCUCCUUUCAGCUGAAUGUUGCCGAGAAGCUGAGCGACCCGGAGGAGUCCGGCAGGACCAUUCAGAUCAACACAAAGAACAGCGUCCCCGAGAGGAAAUGGAUCCGGCCCGACCUCCCCAGCCGCUGCAAAUGGAGCCUGGGGGCCUCACAGGCCGACUCUCCUCAUCUGCAAAUUCCGAGGGCCCCCACUCCAACCGUCCUUCCCAACAUCCUGCACAGGAUUGGUGACACCCCCAUGGUGCGCAUCAACAAGAUCCCCAAAGCCUUUGGACUCAAGUGUGAACUAUUGGCCAAGUGUGAGUUCUUCAACGCCGGCGGCAGCGUGAAGGACAGGAUCAGUCUGCGUAUGGUGGAGGACGCCGAGCGGGCCGGGAUUCUCAAACCCGGAGACACCAUCAUCGAGCCCACGUCCGGAAACACCGGGAUCGGGCUGGCUCUGGCUGCUGCCGUUAAGGGAUACCGCUGCAUCAUAGUCAUGCCGGAGAAGAUGAGCAUGGAGAAGGUGGAUGUCCUCCGAGCUCUUGGAGCUGAGAUCGUCCGCACCCCUACCAGCGCUCGUUUCGAUUCGCCAGAGUCUCAUGUGGGCGUGGCCUGGCGCCUCAAGAACGAGAUCCCCAAUUCGCACAUCCUGGAUCAGUACCGCAACCCAAGCAACCCCCUGGCUCACUAUGACUCUACCGCAGAGGAGAUCCUGGAGCAGUGUGAUGGUAAAGUGGACAUGCUGGUGGCUGGCGCAGGUACCGGCGGCACCAUCACAGGCAUCGCUCGCAAGCUGAAGGAAAAAUGCCCAAACGUCAAGAUUGUCGCUGUUGACCCUGAAGGCUCCAUCUUGGCUGAGCCUGAACACUUGAACAAAACCGAUAAGACCCAGUAUGAGGUGGAGGGCAUCGGCUAUGAUUUUAUUCCUACCGUGCUCGACAGAUCAGUUGUUGAUACUUGGUACAAAUCUAACGACGAGGAGUCCUUCAACAUGUCCCGGAUGCUCAUCAGAGAGGAAGGCCUGCUGUGCGGAGGCAGCUCUGGGACCGCCAUGGCCGCCGCCGUUGCGGUCGCCAAAGAGCUGAAGGAGGGCCAGCGCUGCGUGGUCAUCCUGCCAGACUCCAUCCGCAACUACAUGUCUAAGUUCUUGAGCGACAAGUGGAUGUUUGAGAAAGGUUUCCUGAGCGAGGAGGUUUUGAUGGUGAAGAAGCCCUGGUGGUGGAACUUGAAGCUGCAGGGUUUGAACAUGUCGGCCCCCUUAACCGUCCUGCCAACCGUCAGCUGCCAGAACACCAUCAAAAUCCUGAAGGAGAAGGGGUUCGACCAGGCGCCUGUAGUGGACGAUGCGGGGUUAAUCCUGGGCAUGGUGACUCUUGGGAACAUGUUGUCGUCCAUCCUUGCAGGAAAGAUCCGACUGUCCGACCCCGUCAGUAAAGUCCUCUACAAGCAGUUCCGACAGAUUCGCCUGACUGACAACCUGGGAAAGCUUUCCCGAAUCCUUGAGACCGACCACUUUGCUCUGGUGGUUCACGAACAGAUUCAGUAUCUGACAGAUGGAUCCGCCGUCCUGAAGCAGAUGGUGUUCGGCGUGGUGACCGCCGUGGACCUGCUCAACUUUGUCACGGGCCGAGAAAGGAGGGAGCGCUCCAUAUCGGAGUCCACAGAUGAACUGUGAUCAGCUGACUCAAACGCAGCGCUCAGCUGUACAAUUUUCCUUAAAGAUUUGUUGUUUUUUAGGGGUUAAUUCCUUUUUUUCUAGCUUGCAUUCUGUGGUUGAACAGACCGCAUCGUGCCACAGUCGCCUUCUUUUACAGUUGCUUUUUUUGUUGUUGUGUAGGUGAUUUCUUAUUUGUUAUUGGUAGAACAACAAAAUCAGGUGUAAGCUUGUAAUUUAUGAGCAGCUUUUUGUUUCAGAUUUAAGAAAUGAGACUUUGAAGGUUGUUGCUGUAUAUAGACUUAUCCUCUGUGUUUUUUCUGUUAUAGUCUGAAUCUCGAGAUGGAACUGUGAAAGGUUUGGAGUAUUUUAUCCUAGCGAUGGCUGGAAAAAUAUUUUGUACUUUUUUUUUCUUCUUGAAUAAAUGUAAACAAUUAAAGAAACUUUUCUUGAAA